UGUGACAUUCUUGCAUUGCAGCAGUGCCAGGAGUCAAGCCCUGAUCGGAUUACACUGUAUGGUUUAAUGAUGAAACCUAUCCAGCGCUUCCCACAGUUCAUUCUGCUAUUGCAGGAUAUGUUGAAGAACACAAAUAAAGGACAUCCUGACAGAUUACCCCUGCAGAUGGCUCUUACGGAACUUGAAACACUAGCAGAGAAGCUGAAUGAAAGAAAAAGGGACGCAGAUCAGCGCUGUGAAAUAAAACAAAUAGCAAAAGCAAUGAACGAACGUUACCUGAACAAGCUACUCAGCAGUGGGAACAGGUACCUCAUACGGACUGAUGAUAUGGUGGAAACAGUCUACAAUGACAAAGGAGAAAUUAUCAAAACCAAAGAGCGACGACUUUUCAUGUUAAACGAUGUGCUGAUGUGCGCGACUGUGAACGUGCGCACUUCCUACGAAAGCAGUGGCACUGUGACAACUGGCCAGAGGUAUUUAUUAAAAUGGAGCGUACCACUGGGACAAGUGGAAGUCAUAGAGUAUGGGAGCAGUGAGGGCCAAGGAGAGAACUGCAGGUUUCCACCCCAGCACUCUGCUGAAAAUGUUAUUGUAAACUCUAAGCCAAACAAGCUGUAUAUGGGACCAGGGCAACUAUACCAUGAUCUGCAGAACCUUUUACAUGAUUUGAAUGUAGUUGGUCAAAUUAGUCAAUUAAUAGGCAGCCUUAAAGGAAAUUAUCAGAACUUAAACCAAUCGGUAGCACAUGACUGGACCUCAGGUUUACAAAAAUUGAUCUUGAAAAAAGAAGACGAAAUCAGAGCAGCAGAUCGCUGUAGAAUUCAGCUGCAGCUUCCAGGAAAACAGGACAAGUCUGGGCGGCCUACUUUCUUUACAGCUGUAUUCAAUACAUUUACUCCUGCCAUCAAACAGUCUUGGAUCAACAAUUUGCAAAUGGCUAAACUAGCCCUUGCGGAGGAUAACCUGUUAGGUUGGUUCUGUGUGGAAGAUGAUGGGAAUCAAAUCAAAAAGGAGAAACAUCCUCUCCUUGUUAGACACAUGCCAGUGAUGAUGGCCAAGCAGCAGGAGUUUAAGAUUGAAUGCGCCGCUUAUAACCCUGAAUUGUACCUCUCCGGAGAAACGGAGUCAGAUUCCUGUUCCAUGGAACAUGGUUUUCUUUGGAUUGGCAGUUGUACUAAUCAGAUGGGCCAGAUCGCAAUAGUCUCAUUUCAGAGCUCUGGUCCUAAGGUUAUUGAGUGCUUCAAUGUGGAAUCGCGGAUUCUCUGCAUGGUCUACAUACCAGAAGAAGAGAAAAUAAAGGAGAUAAAUAUGUCUCUCAACUCUGAAAAUGUUCCUGCAAAAGCUUCUAAUGUGCCUACUAUUUGCCUUGGCAUGGAAGAAGGAAGGUGAUUCUCAUUUUUAGCAUACUGUGUAUGAUUUAUUCAUUAGCUUUAUUACUCU